AUGAAGGCGAAACCAAAGACCGAAGAGGCCUUCGAAAAUUUCGAGAACUAUGAUUGGAUGAAAGGCACAAUAUUACAAAACAUACCUCCGUCUUCAGUGAUUGUACUAAACCAACCGUACUGUGAAUCAGCCGAGUCCAUCCUUCAUGACGAGAAGCCCACUACUGCAGCCACUCGAACAAUGUUGCAAGAUUGGCUAAAACGUCAUAACAUUCCUUUUAAAGAGACUGAUGCAAAAUGUGACCUGUUCAAGAUUAUUAAUAGUCAAGAAGCAAGUCUACAAUACAGUUUGAGCAGACUAAUAAUAGAGAAAAAUCACGAGGUGCUACAUUUACCUGAACACCAUGUUGACUUGAAUCCGACGGCCAUUGUUUGGGAGCAGGUAAAAGGGAAUGCUGAGAAGACAUCCCCUAAAGUCUUAUUUAAAGAAUAUGCUAAGAAGAAAUGGGAAAAAUGUUUCGAAGAUGUGAAGCGAAAUGAGGAGGAGUAUUUUAAUUAUAAUAACGACCUGAAAGUAGAUAACACAGUUUCUAUUGUUUACGUGAAGAAAGAGAUAAAGUCUGAAAGUGAAGACAGUAUGGAUUUCGAAGAGCAUAACCUUUUGUAA